AUGCUUUUUGCAGGUGAAAAGAGUUUGGAUUUACUCCUCGGCAUUCUCACCUUUGUAACAUGGGGACGCUUUACUGUCUAUCCCGCACAGAUCUUGACAAACCUUAUGCAACUAGCUAUUGCCUUGGUAUAUGAUCUAGGUUUGAACAAGCCGGUGUCACAAGAGCCAGCUCAUCGAGUCCUGUGGGAAGGACUCCCGGAGAAAACUCACAGUCCGGGAGUACGGACUAUGCAAGGGCGGAGAGCGCUACUCGGUUGUUUCGCUUUAAGCACAACAAUUGCGUCAUACUUUCGAAGGCUCGAACCUUUGCGCUGGACCCCGUUCUUAGACGAGUCUCUUCAAAUAUUGCUUGGAUACAAAGAGUGCCCGUCUGACCUACUCCUAGUUAACCUCGUGCGAUUAAGCCUUAUCGCUGAAAACUCAGCAGAGAGCCAUUGGCAAUCAUCGCCUGUAUAUCCGAUUCAAGGCGAUGGGACGCUAUCAGAAUUUUUCCACAGAGCAAUCCACGCACGACUCGACAAGUUUAAGAAGGACCUUUCUCCAGAGCUCCAGCAAAACAAGGUCACUACCCAUGAGUUUUCAGUAUCGACGGAUUCCAGCAUGUUUACUGCUCCAGGGCUUCAACGCGUUGAUUCGCUUUAUAGCUACUUGCGUGCUACCAAAUCCUGGCUUGACUUGUUUUUCACAAUCCCACCAGCUGAGUACGUGGAAUUUUCGCUAUCAGUUCUUGCACUGCUCGGCCGGUGCCUUCUGGCGGCAUUCAAACUCUCCACAUUUGAGCACCCAGAUUGGGAUGUGUCUCUAGCAAGGGAAAUUUUGCCCAUGCCACUCAUUCUUAACCAGGUGAUAGAAAAGAUGUCACAAGUAAAAAUAGAUGCCGGCUUAGCCAACAUCAGCGAAGAAUCUACGGACAUUUAUACCCGUUCUGCGAGGAAAUUCUCCGCAGCGAAAAUGUACCUUGAAACUCAAUCUGAGAAAAAACGUAUGAAGAAGAAUACCGAGGCCGGAACAAUGACCACAGAAGACGCGCCGUCGGAUAUGUUUGAUGAUAUGUGGGUUAAUGACCUGCUAUUUGGUCCCGAACAAGGUGAUGAAGGAGCCGAUGAAAAGCCCAAAUACGUAUUUGGUGUAAAGCUCGCUUUCAUCCUAACGGCUCUCGCUCUUGUGAUGUUCCUUUCGCUACUGGAUAUUUCAAUUGUUGCUACGUAUACUUUUCUGGCGUUUCUUGCGGUUUUCGAAUUUGGUUCACUGCUCUGCGGUGUUGCGGUUUCAUCGAACAUGUUAAUUGUUGGUCGGGCAGUAGCAGGAUUAGGAUCCUCAGGCCUGUCAAAUGGGGCCCUCACUGUCCUUUCAUCAUGUAUCCCGGUACAUAAAAUGGCAGCUUAUCUUGGGAUCCUUUUGUCAAUCGGACAGAUCGGGAUUGUUGCUGGUCCACUGAUUGGGGGGUCUCUAACGGAAUAUACAACAUGGCGGUGGUGUUUUUACAUCAACCUCCCUAUUGGAGGCAUUGCUGCCGUCUUGCUGCUUCUCGUCGAUAUUCCUAACCGAAAAGUGAACCCUGCCAGCAAACACCAUCUCCAGCGGCUUCAAAAAUUAGACCUCGGUGGAUUCGCUCUGUUUGCUCUCGCCGCGGUACAACUCCUUCUGGCUCUCGAUUGGGUCAAGAAAUUCGGUUACUAUCUCCCGUGGAGUGUCGGUGCAAGCAUCUUGAUAUCAGUCUCCGCGGGCUUGAUAUCCACCUUUACCCCAGCCACCUCAGCAGCAGUACAAAAUGCUGUGACCGCCGAGCAGGAAUCAAUUGCAUUCGCUAUUGUGAUGGCCACCCAGACGUUUGGGGGCUCGGUGUCCCUCGCUCUCGGCAAGGCAAUUUUUAGCAGCGGGCUGGAGACAGCGCUGCCCAUAUACGCCCCAGAAGUAAACCCCGUGACGGUUAUCAAUGCAGGAGCAGGCGCAGUGAAAGACGCCGUUUCUAAGCACUUAUUAUCAGGGGUCUUAUUGGCAUAUAGCGAAGCCAUUUCGCAUGUAUUUUAUGCAGCUACUGGUAUCGCUUGCGUUACAUUUCUGCUGAGCUGGGGGAUCGGCUGGAGAAGCGUGAAGAAGCGACCUGAACCUGGAGAGGCCAAGUCAGAGACUUGA